CUCCUCCUCCGCCAGCUUGCCGCUGGCUGGACGAUGUGCGGCGACAGCGAGAGUAUGGCGCCGCCGGAGGCUGCCUCGACGGGGUGGCGCUGGAGGAUUCCCGCCACGCCGCUGCUGCUGCUCAUCUACCUGAGCUACCUGCUGCUGGGCAGCACCGCGUUCUGGGCGCUCGAGUCGCCCCGGGAACGCGACUCGGCGGACCGGCUCCUGAACGAAAAGUGGGACCUCCUGUUGAACUUUACUUGCCUGGAACGGGAGGCUGUGGAGCGGCUCGCGGAGAGUAUCAUCCAAGCCUACAAGAGUGGCCUUUACCUUAAAGGAAAUACAAGCCUGGGCAGAUGGGACUUUGCCGGCUCCUUCUUUUUCUCGGUUUCUGCAGUAACAACCAUCGGCUAUGGCAACUUGAGCCCCAGUACAGUAACUUCACAAGUGUUCUGCAUCUUCUUUGCCCUCUUCGGGAUCCCCUUAAACCUCAUUCUUCUGAACAGGAUAGGACAGCUGAUGCUCUCUGGGGUGCAUCUAUGUGCCUUCUAUCUGGGUGAGAAGUUCCACUGGCAGAAGGGAGCAGCUCUCUUGACACGGACCUCCGCCCUGGUUGCUGGCCUUUUAUUGUUUCUUUUAUUACCACCUCUGUUGUUCACUGCCAUAGAAGGCUGGACUUAUGAAGUAGGGUUCUACUAUUCCUUCAUAACUUUAAGUACAAUAGGCUUUGGAGAUUAUGUCAUUGGGAUGAACCCUGAGCGUACUUACCCAGCCUGGUAUAAAAAUGUGGUGUCUCUGUGGAUUCUCUUUGGGAUGGCCUGGCUAGCCCUGAUCAUCAAUCUCUGCAUCAGCUUAGUAGAAAAUUCUAGGACCCUUUGCCAGCGCUGCAAGAGGAAGAGUCACAACAUAGAACAGGAGUUAACGAAUGGCAACCAAAAUGUUAAUUUGGAGCCAGAGGAUGGGCAGAAAUGUGACAUGAAAGACAUAAAACCUGUGGAGCUGGAUUGAAUUUGGCAUAUGCAUUCUUCUGCUGAAGAAUGGAAGCAUCUGACAGACAUUGGUAG